AUGCAUUUUUCGAUUCCUGAUUCAACAGAUUCGAAAGAUUCAGAGUCUGGUGGUACAUAUACUCUCUAUCAUAUUCAUAUAAACGGUACGCAUCAUUCAAGUUUACGAUAUUCACAAUUACGAACAUUUAAUGAAAAAUUACAUAAUUUAUUUCCAUCAUCCACAAGUGCCAUUCAUCUAUUUCCACCAAAAAAAUUACUUUCAUUAUCUACAAAUGAAAAAGAAGAUCGUCGUAUAUCAUUAGAACGUUAUUUACAAUCAAUUGUACAAAAUAAAUCAAUUGUUAACUCAAAAUAUUUUCAGGAAUUUUUUUUACAUUCUCAACGUGAAACAUUUCAACAUCUAUUAGAAGGUAAAGAGAAAAACGAUGAAAAAUUAGAAUUCCCUAUAUUUUUAUUAAAUGGUCAUCAAUUAAAAAUUCAAAUAUAUCCGACUGAUGAUACCCAACGUUUAUUGGAUUUAUUAGCAACAAAAGUUGGACUAUCAGCAGACUUUUUAUCCUAUUUUGGUUUAUAUUUAAUUAAAAAUGAUGAUAAAUCGACAGUAGCGACUGAUAUAUUCCUUGUUCGACAAUUGAUAGAAUUUGAAGCACCUUAUUUAUCAUUAGAAUAUCUUAAACGUAAAACAAAUAAUUUAAACUAUCGCAUAGUAUUAAAAAAAUGCUAUUGGGAUGUGGCCCGUGAUAAUCUAUUAUUAGAUGAUCGAAUAGCAAGAAAUUUAUUAUUUGUACAAGUGCAAUACGAAUUGGAACAUAAUAAUUGUUUAGCAAAAAAUGUACCAAACGAUAUUAAACAUCAACUACUAACAUUAAAAGAAAAUAAUUCAUUUAAAGAAUAUUUAUUAUUAGCAAAACAUUUGAAAUAUUACGGUCAUUUAGUUAUCAAACAUUGUUCUCUAUUAUAUCCGAUCACGAGUGAUCAACAACCACAACAAUUGCAAAAAUGUGAAUUGGCAAUUGGUAAUAAUGAACUUAUAUGUGUAUUUUCUGAUAUCAACAAAGAUAUAACAUUUAAAGUAACAAAAAUAAGAUGUUGGCGUGUGACGAGUAAAUUAAAACAAUCAGAACAACAACCACAACGAAAACGUUCAAUAAUUAGACGAUUAUCAACGAACACUACAACUACAACAAACGGUACGUCACAUACGCCGGUAAAUGAUGAAGAUAUGGAUCUUUCAUUCGAAUACCUAGUGUCAAAAGAUUCACUGAAAUGGAUUACAGUACACACAUUACAAGCAACAUUGAUUAGUACAUUUUUACAAAAUAUGGUGGAUGAAAUAAUAAAAAAGAGAACUGAACAAACACACGGUGAAAAUAAAUCGCCAGUAACACCAAAUCCUCGCCAAUCACAAGAAGAAAAUAAGUCGAAAAUAAAAUUUGUAAAUGAACCUUCUAAACGUACUCCUUCUGAUCUAUCACCAAAUAAUACGAUAUUUAAUUAUGAUGAUGAUGAUGAUUUAUAA